GCGCAUCUUUCUGCGAUAAAAACAUCGAUAACCUGUUCUGGCAUCAAUGAAGUGUCCACACUCACCUUUCCGGUUUGCUCGCAAACCGCUGUUCCAUCAAUCGCAUAAAGCUAAUAGACGAUUUUCACAGUUAUUGUCUCAUUGACAGAUGUUCUGGCCUGUUCUAUGGCUGGCCACUAGUCUCGGACUAGGAGUACUCGCUCAGUUUAACCCAUCAAAUCCUUGCUUCUGUAAAAUCGGCGAGGCUGUGGACUCAUGCCGUUGCGAUGAACCGAACAUCGAUCAGCUGAACAAUGUGCAAAUUUACGAAAAAUUGCAAAAACUACUCAAGAGGGACUUUUUCCGCUUUUAUCGGGUCAAUAUGGACAAAGGAUGUCCAUUCUGGCCGGAUGACCGGCAAUGCGGCACGAAACAAUGUGGCAUAGCAUUCUGUGAUGAUGAAGUCCCUGCUGGACUUCGACAGCCGUCCGUUGCAACGGAUUGCCCAAGCGCUGGACAAAAGAGCAAUGAUUUCGAUCCUAUGGAUCGUAGUCUUGACGAGGGAGUUCGGGAACAGUUGAGGGAAAUGGAUAUUCACGAUGAUCUGGAAAACAAAUUUUGCGAAGUUGAUGCCGAAGAUUCCACCGCAAUGCAUUAUGUUGACUUGUCGAAAAACCCCGAGCGAUAUACAGGAUACUCGGGCGAUUCUGCAAUAAGAGUGUGGAAGAGUAUCUAUCAAGAAAAUUGCUUCAAGCCCGAUAUGAAAUUUGACAAGAACUUCCUUGCCAAUCCGAAUAAUUUUGGACUUUGCCUAGAAAAACGAGUGUUUUAUCGGCUGAUAUCCGGGUUCCAUUCCGCCAUCACCAUAUCAAUAGCUGCGUACAAUUAUAAGCAGCCUCCUGGUGGAUUUGGAGUAGGAACAUGGUUCCGCAAUACGGAAAUGUUCGCUGGUCGAUUUGGCACCAAAUGGAGUUGGGAGGGGCCCCAGCGAUUGAAGAAUGUUUAUUUCGUGUUUUUACUGGAACUACGCGCUCUGUUGAAGGUUGGGCCAUACUUGCAGAACGAACUGUUCUACACUGGAAAUGAGAAGGAGGAUAUAGAAACCCGAGCAGCUAUCGACGAGCUGCUGGAUAUCAUCAAACAGUUCCCUGAUCAAUAUGAUGAGCAUGAACUUUUUACGGGUAUCGAAUCACAUGCCAGGGAACUUCGGGAAGAGUUCAGAUCACAUUUCCUCAACAUAUCCCGAAUCAUGGACUGCGUCGGGUGUGACAAAUGCCGAUUAUGGGGAAAAGUGCAAAUCCACGGAAUGGGCACAGCACUGAAAAUUCUCUUCUCUGACCUUCCUUAUUCUCAUCAUUUGAAUGGGCAUGGCGGUUCCACAGCUCCUCCAUUCCAGUUAACUAGGAACGAAGUAGUGUCACUAUUCCAAAGCUUGGGACGGUACUCAUCAAGUAUCUACGAAGUAGGAGAGUUUAGAAAGGAGUUGAUACCACAACAUCGAGGAUAUGAUGAAUUGUAACGAGAAUGGCCAUGUCUUUACAGUGCCUAAUGGUGUCUAUCCGCUCAGAUACUUGUAUUUACUUUCUACCUGUGGUUUUAUCACAUAUGCAUGUAAUAGUUGCUAGUUAGGGUAUAGAUGUACUGUACUUGCUUUUUUCACCCUUUGCCUCGCGCCUUGCUUUCGCCGUAAGUUCGUUUGUGCGUAGACGAGGCAUUAAUAAGCGCUCUUCACACAUUGUAUAUUUUUUCGUAUGUAUGGGUUU